ACGAAACUUCACUUGACAUUUCGUUCGUCGUUUGCUUGCUUUAUUUGAUCGCUUCCAUCAAAUCAUUUUUGAUUACUCACUGUAAUUUGUAAUUGUGUUAUAUCUUACUUUCAACUAAACCAUUAAAGAUGUUCCUUACCCGAUCUGAGUAUGACCGCGGUGUCAACACCUUCAGUCCCGAGGGAAGGCUGUUCCAGGUGGAAUAUGCCAUUGAAGCUAUUAAAUUGGGGUCGACGGCGAUAGGAAUUUGCACUUCGGAAGGUGUUGUUCUGGCAGUUGAGAAGCGCAUCACGUCUCCCCUUAUGGAGCCGACGACUAUUGAAAAGAUCGUGGAAGUUGAUCGCCACAUCGCUUGCGCCGUCUCAGGCCUAAUGGCUGAUUCCAGAACACUAGUGGAGCGUGCGCGUGUGGAGUGCCUGAACCACUGGUUUGUGUACAACGAGCGCAUGAGCGUGGAGUCAUGUGCGCAGGCGGUGUCCAACCUCGCCAUCCAGUUUGGGGACAGUGAUGACGACAGUGGCACUGCCAUGUCCAGGCCUUUUGGUGUUGCUGUCAUGUUUGCAGGUAUUGAUGAGAAGGGACCCCAACUAUUCCACAUGGACCCCAGCGGAACAUUUGUGCAGUACGAUGCUAAAGCCAUUGGCUCCGGCAGUGAAGGUGCUCAGCAGAGCUUGAAGGAAGUAUACCACAAGUCCAUGACCCUGAAGGAGGCCAUCAAGUCCGCCCUCACCAUCCUGAAGCAGGUUAUGGAGGAGAAGUUGUCUGAAAGCAACGUGGAGGUGGUCACCAUGACGCCCGACUCCAUGUUCCACAUGUACUCGCGCGAGCAGCUGGCAGAGAUAAUCGCGAACGUUCCUGAGCUACAGUCCAGCGCGUCGGGCUCCAUAAAUACCAUCAACGACUUCUCCAAACUCAAGCUAGGAUCGGCUCGCUAGAUGGCGUUAAAAUGCUAAUUGCUUACCAGCACAGAUGGC